UGGGGUUUUUUCUGUUAUCCAUGACGGGCCUGCGUGGAUCUAACCGCCUAUCCAUACCCCGUGAUCACCAAAACAACAUAACAAAGUGGGGGGAAAAUGGCGAGCGGAGAGGAGGCUAGACGCCCCUCUGUUUCUUCCUCUUCCGUCCUCGAGGACCUGUUCCCUGCCGGAGGGUCAGAGCCAGUAUGCGGGGAUGGGAACCCUGAGCUUGUGCAACUGCGAGAGCGUCUCCAAGGCUGGCUAUCGCAAUAUGAGGCUUUGCUGUUAUGGGUGCAGAGGCUGCUUGUUUGGGAAAGGCCGCUCUACAGCAUCUUUGUUGCGCUCACGCUGAACACCUUGUUCUGGCUUCUGUCUUCGACGUCCCUGCGCCCUCUCUUCCUCCUGAGUAUUUCCAUUCUAGGGCUCAUGCAGCUGGAGAGAUGGAAGCAUAAAUUACCUCUUACAACAGUUCAGUAUCCUGAGGCCAACCCAAUGGAAAGAGAGACCAUGAGUGUGCAACCCCGGCUCCUCAGCAUUCCAGAGCUCAGCCACCACCUGGUGGAGAGCUACCUCUACUGCUGCCUCUACGUCCAGGAGAUGCUGCAGUACAAAAGGCAGAACCACGGAAAGUUCUGUGCCAUGAUGUGCUCUGGCUGUUCUGUGCUCGCCGUGGUGGGACACUACGUACCAGGAAUCAUGAUAUCCUAUAUCAUCGCGCUGAGUGUGUUGGUGUGGCCUCUGGUGGUGUACCACGAGCUGAUCCAGCGGAUGUACACGGGCCUGGAGCCCAUCCUGAUGAAACUGGACUACAGCAUGAAGGGAGACACGCAGCACCACAAGCACGAUAAGAGGAAGGUGAAGAAGGAGGUGGAGGAAGGGGAUGAGCCCAGGGCUGAGACAGAGAGCGAGAGCGAGGAGGAGCUGUCCUGCUUUGCCCCCCUGGUGGAUGCAAAGACCACAGCUCUGGCAAUGGCCAUCACCGACUCGGAGCUGUCUGACGAGGAAGCAUCCAUUUUGGAGAGUGGGGGGUUCUCCGUAUCCAGAGCUACCACCCCACAGCUCACAGACGUCUGUGAAGACCUGGACCAGCAGUGUGUGCACAGUGACCCAGAGGAGGCAUUCCUAAAGGACCUACCUGAAUUCCCCUCGAUUGACGAGUUCCCCAUCGAGCACAGCCUCCUCCACUUCCCAUUGCGUGGCCCCGGUCAGGGCCAAGGGGACGGGGCUGCGGCUGGGGGAAGAGAGCCCUCGGAGGGGGAGCCCAUGAGCCCGGCCAGCCUCCUCAUCCAGCACCUGGCCUCCCCGCUCCACUUUGUCAACACACACUUCAACGGACAUGGACGGCCGCCAGGUGGGGACCAGGGACCACUGCUGGGUGCUGGGAGAGCGGAGGUGGUGGUGCAUGGGGGGGAAGGGGAAUCCCAGGCCCCGAGGCAGUCACUGGAAGCCCUGAGUGAGGAGAUCGUGAACACGGCAAUCUCCACCGUGGUGCAGAACACACUGUCUGCCCUGCUACGCUCCACCGAGGAAAGCAAGGGCCCAUCCAUCGCAGAUUUCCUGCCCACCGACAUGCCCCCCAGCGCCCCGGAAAGCCCCCCCGCCCCUGUCGCCGAGACAGAGGAGGCAGAAAAGGACCAGGAUGUGGUCGCUGCGGAGUCUGAGAGGAGUGCCGAGGAGAUGCCGGACGACAUGUUUGUACCAACCGAGGACGAGGACUUUGAGCUUCUGGACGAAAGUGAACUGGAGCAGAUGGACGAGGACCUGCUGGGUCUUCUCAGUCCUGAUGGACAGGGGGCAGUGGGAGUGGCCUCUCCCGCAGACACACCCCCAUCUCCGACGCACCAACCGGAAUCCUUCUAGCGUCCUCAUCACCGCUCAUACCCUACUGUUUUGUUUCAUGUAGAUAUACAUUAUACAGAUAUAUAUGUACACUUAUCAAAGUGUCUGUGGUUAGUGGCAGUUGGUUAGUGAUUGAGAUCACUGUGGUUGAUUCUGCCUUCACACGAUCACUGUGGUUGAGUCCAAAUGGCACCCUAUUCCCUUUAGUGCCCUACUUUUUACCAGGGCCCAUAGGGCUCUGGUCAAAAGUAGUGCACUAUAGCUGGAAUAGGGUGCCAUUUGGGAUUAAACAUGUUUCUUGAGGCUUGGGCUUGAUGGCACCUGUGUUUGACAGGCUUUUAACCAAGGGAACAAGCCAUCUGAGUAUUGGGAGCUACUAGUAAUAUGUUUGGGUGGCAGGAGAACGGUUUGGUGGAGCCUCGUCCCAGAUGUGUUUGUGCUGUAUGUUGUAAUGCCGAAUGGAGUUGGGUAUAUUACAGCACAAUCUGCAAUGGGACCAGGCUAUAGGGUCCAGAUCUACACCCACCCUUCUUGAAGGAAAUGAUUAACAGAUUUUAUGUAGAUGGAUUCUUUGAGAGAAAGAAAAGGUUUUUGUUUUUUGAUUAUAUUAAUAUAUAUGAUAAAUUAUUUUAUUUAAUGGUCAGUUUAAUGGAAAUCUAUUGUCAUAUGGGAAUUUGAAAGUAAUAAAGAUUCUCUAUGGUCAGUAACCCAAGUCGAUUCUACAAUCUGCAUUGGAUUUUGAUCUUUAGCAAAACACACGUUUUCAUCAUGUAGGCACAAAUGCGUACGUUUGGGAGUUUCAUUGAAGGCAGUUUAUUAACCAGCAACCCCUCAAGUAAGUUCAGCACUCAAUUGUGAAAUCUCCCAAACAAAACUUAGUACUGUAGUUAUUAGCCAUACACAAAGGAUUUAUGCCAUCUAUUAGAAUGACAUUUCAGAUUCACAAUAAUAGGUCUUUGAAAUGUAGGGUGUAUUGGACAUUGUAGGCACAAAUGCGUAUGUUUGGGAGUCUUAUUGAAGGCAAUUUAAUGACCAGCAAGCCCCUCAAGUAAGUUCCACCCUCAGCAAAAUUGUGAAAUCUCACAAACAAUAAUUUACAAUAGAUCUUUGAAUUUUAGUGUAUUUUUUUAAAUCCCCAAACCAGGUGAUGGUAAAACAUACUGUGGUAUGCUGACAACCUUUUCAAUUGCUCAUCGUCAACAUCUCAAAGGUCUAUAUUUUGUUAGUUGUAUUCUGUAAUGUUUAAAUGAAUGCAAGUGCUACUUCACCACCACCAAUUGUUUAAUUUGUACAACUUGAAGAUGUUCUGGGUACUUAAUACUCUUGGAAAUCCCAGACCUAGGGCAAAACAUUUGUAACACUGUGGGAGGCAACCAGUCUGUAGAGACUAGGUACCUAACAUCUGAAGAAGGUUCAUAAUACAGGUUUUGUCAUGGCAAUCCCACAUACAACUGCCAUUCGCUGUGACAAAUUAUUGAAAGUAAUAGGAAUACAUUUUUACAUUUUAGUCAUUUAGCAGACGCUCUUAUCCAGAGCGACUUACAGUAGAAUACAUGCAUUGCAUUCUCCGUCAAAAAGGUAUGUUACCUAGGUAACAAUGAUGGGUUAGAAAUGUUGCAAGCUGAUAGAAUUCAUUUCAUAAAUUGGUUACUAGUGGGAAUUCAGCUGAACCCCCAACUUAACUAGGGACAGCUUUAUUGCAAGUGUGCCUAUCUGAUCUGAAUCUCAGGAGUGGGAUGUACUUUAGUUGGCGCAAUGGAAGAUACCGUUGCACGUAGAUGCAAAUGAAUGUGAGGUAGAAAAUGGUGUCCACCAAUGUCUAGCCUAAAGUUCCCCAACCCAAGUUGUCCCUGUGCACUGUAUUGUAAUAUUGGCCAAUGCCUUCCAAGCACUUCUGUAAAAAGUUUCCCUCAAAAUGAGAGCAAUUUAACAUUGCAUGUGAAAACCAAGCAUUAAAAAUGCAACUUGGAGGGUGCAGGACCUUGGACUUGUAGCAAGCAUGCAAUUUGUAUGUUGCAGCUUAAAUAGAAUUCUUUAACACUAAAUUGCCAAUGAGGCAAUUUAGUGUGAUUUCAUUUAAAAAGGUAAUUUGUUUUACUAUAAUCCCACUGUAACCAACUACAAAAGUUAUUAACAAAUGUGUUAUAGAAAUGUUUGCUUAUGCUUUUACUGUUUCUUGAUCUAUAAAAGGCACUUAACAAGAAAUGUACUAUUGUAAAGAAAUGUAUCUUGUCUCCUGUUUUUCCAGAAACUGCUCAUCACUUUGAUCUUUUACAUCCACAAGGAACACAAACAAGUUUUGAAAAUGCUGAUAAGAUUUAUUGCAAUUACAAGAGGUUAAACACUAACAGCUGCUCUUUGUGCAGUGAAAGAGAAUAAAAGAACAAACUGAAACAAGG